AUGCCACGUCCUAAAAGAAGCCACGAAGCGGUCGCCGAGGAGAAGGCAGAGAAGGAGAAAGAGAUCCUGGAGGCGCAAGCAAAGCAGGCAGAGGCGGUUGCACGUGCUGCUGCAAUAGAGGAAGCCUCCGGAGAGGCCGUUGAGAUCUGUAAGGCUCCUCAGCACGAUGACUCCCCUGCUCAGCAAUCUGGAAGAACAAGCACCAAACUCACCGUGAAGCUUCCUCCCUUCAAGGGCAGGCCUAAACCUGUGGCCGCAGAGCCAGAGACGAUUGAGAGCGCACCUGAGUACUCGGAAGGAUAUGAGGAGGCCGAAGUCGAUGAACUUGAGGACGAGGAUCAACCGGUCAUCGACCUGAGCGAAGACGAGUAUCAAGACAGCGAGUCAGCUGAAGCUCUAGGGGCGUCAGACAGUGAAGUCGAGAGCACACCUCAACUUACCCUGGCUGCAAGCAUCAAGAACCUAGCGAGGGUCGGCCGUGCAGAAGUAAACGCAGCAAAGGAAGCAACGCAUGCGCUGGCGCAGUCGCAGUCAACGGUCGGGGUGGGAAAAAGGAAGCAGACAGUAGGCGCGGCUGCACCAGUACAAUCUGCCCCCAAGAAAGCAAAGACUGUUCAGGCUCAAACGGCACUGGUACCGAACUGGGAGAGCGUCGUGAAGUCGGGGAACCGUGGCCGCCAACAUUCACCUUCCCAUGUCAACAUACCCACUACGGGAGAUUCGAGGCGCUCAUCCUCUGUCUCUAGCACCGCAUCAGCUGCGCCUUCAAGCAGCGACGUCGACACUAUCGCUAGCGAGAAAGAAGAUGAGUGCUUCCUUCCGGGCUCAGGAAUCGACAUCAACAACGCACCCGAUCACGACCAGCAACACGAUGACGAUGAUGACAUCCGUCCCUCCACCCAAUUGCACUACCGUGAGCGUACGAACACAUCAGUACUCGAAUUGCAUUCGGGAAAGGCCGGCGAGCAGAGACGAGCCGUCUUAGGUCAGGCUGUCGAGACUCAAGCCAAGGGCUCCAUCCUCACGAGGGUGAUUCCACGCACCACUAUCACGCCAGGCACAAAGACCGCAGGCAAAGCUACCGCUCAAACUUCGACGCGCCCUAUUGAAGAUGUCGCAGACGGAGGACUUGCGCCGCAGAAGUCCAAACGCGCUGUCCGCGGCAGUGGCAAGCGCCCUAAAUCCAAGAUCUCGGAUCUCCCGCGCGUCAUGCACGAGCCAUUCAAUUCUCGGUUCGUCCCUCUGGUUCGUCAAUUUCUGGGCACAGUGUCCCCAUGGCAGGAGAUCACGCUCUCGGAGCUCCGUCUGCUGCAUCGCAAGGCGUUCGGUGAGCAGCUUAGCACCCAGAACCCGCUCGAAGAAGGCGAUGAUUGCUUUCGUCUGAUACACUAUCGUAUCGAUGACUGGCAUAGCAAGUUUGGUGCGACCGCUCUGGAGACGUUCGAGGAGAUCGUCCGCGAUCCGGACAAUGCGGCCGUUCUUACGGGUCCGGAGCAGAUAGGCGCGUAUGCCGAGUUCCUUCUGGGAGACCGACAGAAGAAGGCACCAUUCUACUGGCAUGUAUGGGAGCAGAAGGAUACCGGCAAGCCCGAGGGACGUUUGCAGAGCGACUUAAUCAUUGGGACGUUUGCGUACCAUAUCUCCGAGCUCCAGAUGGUCGAUCCGGGAGAGCGUACGCAGGAGUUUUCCGAGGGCGCACUCACGAUGUCCGUACUUGCGGUGACCCACGUACUCAGUCAUUAUACAACCGGCGAGUUCGCGCCACCCAAGGGCCGGCUCGGCUGGUUUUCGGAGGACAACUACGGCGACAGGAUCAUUUUCCAGGAGGGCCGGAACGUCUGGGAUCGGAGGAUGACGCGCAUUCUCAGCGUUGUCAAGAACCUCAAGGACAUCCUACGAGAGCGCGUCGAGUUGGAGAAGAAGCGUCGGGGUAAGAAGCGUGCAGUGGGCGCUGCUGAGGGGCCUGGCACGAGUGCGGUCGAGGAGGAGGACAGUUUGAUGCUCAUCGACGACUAG